CUCGAGCGCCCCGCGGUCGCCCUCGCCCUCGCCCUCGCCCCGUCGCCCUAACUUUUCUCCGACUUGCCUGCGAGGAGGAACCUGCCGCCCCGCCCGGCCCGGGCCGCGGGGAGCCGGCGCUCGAACCCGGCCGCGGGGCCUUCCACCUGGCGCCGCCCCGGCCGGGGACCCGCCGUGGACCCGCCGUGGACCCGCCGGGGACCCGCCGGCAGGAGCGUGCAGGAGCGUGCAGGAGGGGCGGGCACGCGGGCAGCGCAGCCGGGAGGCCGCGGACGGGACUGCGCGGCCCCGGCGACCUCAGCGCAGCGAUGCCGGCAUGAUGUUUCACUCAGAUCAAAUGUGGAACUGUCAUUGGAAAUGGAAGCCACAUUCUCUUUUGUUCUUAUUUGCUUUAUGUAUUGUGUAUGUUCCUCUUUCAGUGUGGGGAUGUGCCAACUGCAGAGUUGUCCUAUCCAACCCUUCUGGGACAUUUACUUCUCCGUGCUACCCUAACGACUACCCUAACAGCCAGGCUUGCUUGUGGACCCUGCGAGCCCCCACCGGCUAUAUCAUUCAGAUAACGUUUAAUGAUUUCGACAUUGAAGAAGCUCCCAAUUGCAUUUAUGACUCAUUAUCCCUUGAUAAUGGAGAGAGCCAGACUAAAUUUUGUGGAGCAACUGCCAAAGGCCUAUCAUUUAACUCAAGUGCGAAUGAGAUGCAUGUGUCCUUUUCAAGUGACUUUAGCAUCCAGAAGAAAGGUUUCAAUGCCAGCUACAUCAGAGUUGCUGUGUCCUUAAGGAACCAGAAGGUCAUUUUACCCCAGACACAAGAUAGUUACCAGAUAUCUAUUGCCAAAAGUGUCUCUAUUCCAGAGCUCAGCGCUUUCACUCUCUGUUUUGAAGCAACCAAAAUUGGCAAGGAAGACCAUGAAUGGAUAGCUUUCUCCUACUCCAAUGCCUCCUUCACACAGUUACUUAGUUUUGGAAAGACCAGGAAUGGCUACUUUAUUUCUAUUUCUGGUUCAAAAUGCUUCCUGAACAGUGUGUUACCUGUGAAGGAUAAAGAAGACAUUUUCACAGAAAGCUUUGAGCAGCUCUGCAUUAUUUGGAAUAAUUCUCUGGGUUAUGUUGGUGUAAAUUUCAAAAGAAACUAUGAAGCAGUUCCAUGCGAGUCUACCAUCAGUAAAGUUAUUCCUAGAAAUGGAAAAUUGUUGUUAGGCUCCAGUCACAAUGAAAUUGCCUCCCUAAAAGGGGACAUUUAUAACUUUCGACUUUGGAAUUUUACCAUGAAUUCCAAAAUCCUCUCCAACCUCAGCUGUAAUGUGAAAGGGAAUGUGGUUGACUGGCAGAAUGACUUCUGGAAUAUCCCCACGCUAGCUCUGAAAGCAGAAAGCAACCUAAGCUGUGGUUCCUACCUGAUCCCACUCCCGGCAGCAGAACUAGCCAACUGUGCAGAUUUGGGGACACUCUGCCAAGCUACUGUAGACUCUCCUAGUACUACACCACCCACUGUCACCACUAACAUGCCUGUUACUAAUAGAAUCGAUAAACAAAGGAAUGAUGGAAUUGUCUAUAGAAUUUCCAUAGUGAUUCAAAAUAUCCUUCAUCACCCUGAGGUCAAAGUACAGAGCAAGGUAGCAGAAUGGCUCAAUUCAACCUUCCAAAACUGGAACUACACUGUUUAUGUGGUUAAUAUCAGUUUUCAUCUGAGCAUGGGAGAAGACAAGAUUAAAGUCAAGAGAAGCAUUGUGAAUGAUCAAAGGUUGGUGAUUUGGGCCCUUCUAGUUUACAAUGCUACCAACAAUCCCAAUUUAGAAGGAAAAGACAUUCAACAGAAGCUCUUAAAAAAUAAUGAAUCCCUGGAUGAGGGCCUGAGGCUGUAUGCAGUGAGUGUGAAACAACUGGGUUUAUGUCCUGCUGAUGAGGAUCCCAAAGGCUAUCAUUGGCCACUCAUCCCACCUUCUGUAUUCAACCUUCCCUGUCCAGGAAAGCAGGGCUUUUAUGCUUCACGGACAUGUUAUCGUGACCCUGCCAACACAUCUUUGGCCUACUGGGGGCCUCCUGAUAUCUCCAACUGUUCAAGGGAAGCAAAUGAAGUGGCCAACCAGAUUUUAAAUUUAACUGGUGAUGGGCAAACCUUAAACUCAGCCAAUAUUACCAGCAUUGUAGAGCAGGUGAAAAGGAUUGUGAAUAAAGAAGAAAAUAUUGAUAUAAUGCUUGGUUCAACUUUAAUGACUAUAUUUUCCAAUAUCUUAACCAGUCCGGACAGUGACUUGCUUGAGUCUUCUUCUGAAGCUUUAAAAACAAUUGAUGAAUUGGCCUUCAAGAUAGACCUAAAUACCACAUCACGUGUGAAUAUUACAACUCGGAAUUUAGCCCUUGGAGUAUCAUCCCUGUCCCCAGGGACAAAUGAAAUCUCAAAUUUUAGCAUUGGUCUUCCAAGCAAUAAUGAAUCCUAUUUUCAGAUGGAUUUUGAAAGUGGACAAAUGGAUCCAUUGGCUUCUGUAAUUUUGCCUCCAAACUUACUUGAGAAUUUAAAUCAAGAAGAUUCUGUGUUAGUUAAAAGAGCACAGUUUACUUUCUUCAAUAAAACUGGACUCUUCCAGGAUGUAGAAACCAAGAAAGGCACCUUAGUGAGUUAUGUGAUGGCAUGCAGUAUUGGAAACAUUACUAUCCAGGGUCUGAAAGAUCCUGUUCGAAUUAAAAUCAAACACACAAGAAGCCAGGCAGUGCCUCAUCCCAUCUGUGCCUUCUGGGAUCUGAACAAAAACGAAGGUUCUGGAUUUUGGAACACGUCAGGAUGUGUGGCACACAGAGAUUCAGAUGAGAGCGAGACGGUCUGCUUAUGUAACCACCUCACACACUUUGGAGUUCUGAUGGACCUUCAAGGAACUGCCUCACAGAUAGAUGCAAGAAACACCAAAGUUCUCACCUUCAUCACCUAUAUUGGGUGUGGGAUAUCUGCUAUCUUUUCAGCAGCAACUCUCCUGACGUAUGUUGCUUUUGAAAAAUUGCGAAGGGACUAUCCCUCUAAAAUCUUGAUGAACUUGAGUACAGCCCUGCUGUUCCUGAAUCUCCUCUUCCUCUUGGAUGGCUGGAUCACCUCGUUUCAUGUGGAUGGCCUUUGCACGGCAGUUGCUGUCCUGCUCCAUUUCUUCCUUCUUGCAACCUUUACCUGGAUGGGUCUAGAAGCCAUUCACAUGUAUAUUGCCCUGGUUAAAGUAUUUAACACUUACAUUCGCAGAUACAUCCUGAAAUUCUGCAUCAUUGGCUGGGGUCUGCCUGCCCUGGUUGUGUCCAUUGUUCUGGCAAGCAGAAACCAAAAUGAGGUCUAUGGAAAAGAAAGUUAUGGAAAAGAACAAGGUGAUGAAUUCUGUUGGAUUCAGGAUCCAGUCGUAUUUUAUGUGACCUGUGCUGGGUAUUUUGGAGUUAUGUUUUUCCUGAAUGUUGCCAUGUUCAUCGUGGUAAUGGUGCAAAUCUGUGGGAGGAAUGGCAAAAGAAGCAACCGGACCCUGCGUGAAGAGGUUUUAAGGAACUUGCGCAGUGUGGUCAGCCUGACAUUUCUACUGGGCAUGACAUGGGGUUUUGCUUUCUUUGCCUGGGGACCCUUAAAUGUCCCUUUUAUGUACCUCUUCUCCAUCUUCAACUCAUUACAAGGCUUAUUUAUAUUUAUUUUCCACUGUGCUAUGAAGGAGAAUGUUCAGAAACAGUGGAGGCGGCAUCUCUGCUGUGGUAGAUUUCGGUUAGCAGACAACUCAGACUGGAGCAAGACAGCUACCAAUAUCAUCAAGAAAAGUUCCGAUAAUUUAGGAAAAUCUUUGUCCUCAAGUUCCAUUGGAUCCAACUCAACAUACCUUACAUCCAAAUCUAAAUCCAGCUCUACCACUUACUUCAAAAGGAAUAGCCACACUGACAAUACUUCCAUGGACAAAUCCUCAUCAAAAUUGACCCAUGCUGAUGGAGAACAAACCUCAAUCAUCCCUGUCCACCAGGUCAUUGAUAAGGUCAAGGGUUACUGCAAUGCUCAUUCAGAUAACUUCUAUAAAAAUAUCAUCAUGUCAGACACCUUCAGCCAUAGCACAAAGUUUUAACGUGUUUAGUAUACAAAAGAAUCAGUCUGCAGAAACAUGAAGACCUGCAAGCAGUGAAAACCAUGACUAGCUCACGUGAAUGUGCUAUGAUCUAGGUAACUGUAUGUACAUGUAUGAGGAAUGUAUUUUGUUAAGAAGGCUUUUGUGAUUUUUUUUUUAAAUCUGUUUUUUCAGUGUAUUUCUUCCAUGGGGGAGUUUUGAUCAUCACUAAAACUUUAGUACUCAGAGCAACAUGACCCAGUAGCCACAGGGGAUAUGAUUUUUUAAAAUAUAUGAUUGGAUCAGACUAAUGAGAAUUCAAGGAGGUGGGGGAUAUUAAUGGACAGGGAGAGGCAGAGCUAGGACAAGCAUCGUUUAGCACUCAUUCACACCCCACUGUUAGGUUUUGGUAAAGCCAUUUGCUAUAUCAUCUUUCUCAACAAUGUAAAACAUAGGAAUUGUCAUAACUAUUUAGAUGACCACAAGUCCUUUCUCAGUGCUAGUUUCUAUGAAUGCAGUAGCAUUUCUUUUUCCAUAAAUUUUCAACCACAGAUGCAAAAGAAUGCUUAAUGUCUGACCCAAAGAUUAGAAAGGAAUUCUCUCUUAUUAUACUGUAUGUUUAACCUUCAGACAUCAAUAUUGCUUAAGAAAGAAUUUCCAAUAUUUUGACCCUGUUAAUACGAGGCCCUGUAAGUUUGUACUGUUUCAGCCAUCCUACUCAAGAUACAAGGUUUAAGCAUCAUCAUUAAUUAGAAUUUAACCCAUACAUUUGAUGAAGUAAAAUGCUGAGAUUCCAUUAGUGUGGAUUUCCCAACUUGUUGAAGAAUAAAUCCCUUAGACCUCCCGUUUUGCCCCUCUACCAUUUGCUGAGCCCACAGACUUAUGAGAUGAAUGAGGUUUUCCAUUAGGCAUACUGUGCAUAAUAGUCUCUCCCCUUUAGAAGAACAAUCAUUGAGACUCUAUAGCCCUUUCCUUGCUCUAGAGACUUUAAUUCAUCUCCAUUUGCACAAUUGGAAAGCCUCUUACUUCCUUUUUAAGUGUCUUGUUCCAAAGAAUAUAAACUGAGACAUAUGGGUGACUUUGUCUGCAGCAGCCUGGAACAGUCCUGGGAGACAUGAGCAUUGCUCAGCUUUCACUUUCAUAGUGUAUAUAGUAGGAAAGGAGAGUAAAUCUCAAGGUCACUAAAAUUCGCUACAGUAGAGCCAAAUCCUUUUCUAUAGCCGUAUUAAUAACAGGCUCUUAUUCUGGCAGAGGUUGCAUGUAGAUGAGAAUUAAUCUUAGUCACUGAAUCUUCAUAUAUUUUGCCCCCAGCCUUAGAGAUUCAUGAGAGAAUUUCAUUAGCUCUCUAAUGUGAAAUUUCUACCCAAAGUGCAUAUUUAGUUAAUAGUAUUGACAAGAUAACUUCCAAAAUGGCUUUCAUUUCUACUCCUAUUCAUUCAGAUCUGGGAAAACAUUUUCUUCUUUUCACCACUGACAACAAUGUCAACUCCACUUUUGAAAUUUCCAGUAAUCAGGUAAGGUGAAAUGAAGAAACAGCUGAAUAAAAACAUUUGUAGAUGGAUUUAAAAGCCUGAGCCAGAUCCACCCUCAGCUCCAAGCAUGGGCUUCUCACCUUCAUUGGGUUCCUUCAGAAAAGAAUUGCAGGAAUUUAGCUAUAGAGCCAAAAUUUAGUUUAGCCUAACCUUGAGAAUAAUAGCAGAUCAUAUUCCCUGUUUUUUUUUUUCUUCUUCUUGGUCCUUUUUUAAAACUACAUUGUGUUAACCUAGGAUCCUGAGAUAUUUCUCUUCCUGUCAUCAUUCCCUGCAUUGUGAAGCUUUUCUUUGUCCAUUGUUGGCAUAGACUCUUUUGUACAUAUUUAUUUAUUUGUGUUUAUAAAUGCCAGCUUGUUUCAUAUCUUAGCUCUACAUUGCCUGGAUUUGUUAUUUUAAUUAACUUUCUGUCAGAGAGACUGUAUAUAUAUUUUUCCUAAAUACUUUGUGAAAUAGUUUUCUGUAGCAAUAUCUUUGAAUAUGAUGAAUAAAAGUGACUGUGAGUGCAAAUUAGAAUUAGUAGUAAGAAGCUACUAUAGCUGAUUUGCCAUUUUACUUAAAUGGAAAAUGUUUUUCAAAUAAAUACUUACGUUGUUCGU